CAGGCAAAAUAGAGACCCCAGAAGUGAAGAUGUCUGCUGCUAGCUGGAAGCCAUUUAUAUAUGGAGGAUUGGCUUCGAUUACAGCUGAAUGUGAAAUCCUGCUUUGUGGCCUUAAUAGGAACUUGUUCACCUUGAACGAGCCCCAGAUAAUGUCAGCUUCGGUCAGACCUUGCUUAGUCAUGGCAGGUUGCAGCUUGUGUUCUUGUGUCUCUGGUCUGUUGCAGCUUGAUAAGGUACUUUUCCUAUAGACUUGACCAAAACACGUCUCCAAGUCCAGGGGCAAAUUAAUGAUGCCAAAUACAAAGAAAUUCGCUAUCGAGGAAUGGUGCAUGCGCUUGUUAGAAUAUGCAGAGAAGAGGGGCUCACCGCGUUGUAUUCUGGGAUUGCACCAGCAAUGCUUCGCCAGGCAUCAUACGGUACUAUAAAAAUUGGAACGUACCAGAGCUUGAAGAGGUUAUUUGUCGAUCGUCCCGAAGAUGAGACGUUGGUUCUUAAUGUAUUUUGCGGUGUGCUGUCUGGAGUAGUUUCCUCGUGCAUCGCCAACCCCACUGAUGUCCUUAAGAUCAGAAUGCAGGCACAAGGCAAUGUGAUACAAGGGGGGAUGAUUGGCAACUUCAUCAACAUUUACCAGCAGGAAGGCACGCGGGGCCUGUGGAAGGGGGUAUCGCUCACUGCCCAGAGAGCAGCUAUUGUAGUGGGAGUGGAGCUGCCAGUCUAUGACAUUACCAAGAAACACCUGAUCCUGUCCGGACUGAUGGGCGACACCAUCUAUACGCAUUUUCUGUCCAGUUUUACAUGUGGAUUGGCGGGAGCAUUAGCGUCGAAUCCCGUUGAUGUUGUCAGAACCCGAAUGAUGAACCAAAGGUCAAUGGGUGAAUUUUCUGCCUACAAAGGCACCGCAGAUUGUUUGCUGCAGACUUGGAAAAAUGAAGGCUUUUUUGCUCUAUACAAAGGGUUUUGGCCAAACUGGUUAAGAUUGGGACCUUGGAAUAUAAUUUUCUUUAUAACCUAUGAACAGCUCAAGAAACUAAACCUCUGAUGUGUCAUCCGUGCAGCUAGCCAAGUUUUUCCAUGCCAGUAACCUAGAAAUUCAAAUUGAUGUGCUGCAAUCUCUAUUUAUGAUGUCUCUGAAGGAACAUGUGAAUGUAUAAAGACGAGUGGUGACACUUUCCUGGAGACCGGGUUGCCAGCACUGCAUCGGAAGACUUCUUUAGAAAUGCGGUGCAUGCGUUGCAACUGGAAAAACACAUGCUAUGAAUUGGAAUCCCUGAUGCUCAAGAGGUUUAAAAUGUUCAUUUGGAUGAAGUCUUGUCCUUGUCUAUCUAGAAGUGUUCCCAAAAUGUCUAUUUUUAUACUUGUAGAGUGAUGUUACUUACAUAAUUCAGUUUUAUCUAUAGAAAAAAAGUAUACAUUUUCAUUCGUCAUCAAAAAGGUUCGUAGACUUAGUUUUCAUUCAUAUGACACAUUUUUGUCAGUCUACAGGACCAUUCAUAACAGCCCGUCAGUAAUAUGAAGGUGUAGGUGAACUAUGCUUGUAUGUAGGCAUUGGUUAUGACCUUUUUUACUUUUAGACAUGUUUUCAGGAGCAGUAAUAAUCUGAUAAUAAAACAGACGGACUGUUUUAGGUCAGCCUGUGUCUGCUCACCUAGUUAUAUAUCCAUACUUACCCCCAUUCCCCUGCUGUGUGGCUGCAUACAGACACUAGAAUAGAGUGCGAGGACUGACGAGCUUGUACCCGAGGGCACAACCCUCAGUGGUGGGGGUGAGUAUGGACAUAUAAUUUUUGUGUUUGGGACUCGACAGGAACAGUUCUAUCCGUGUAAUACUGCACUUAAAGAGGACCUGUAACCUCUCCUGACAUGUCCGUUUUAGUAAAUAAUUGCCUUCUACAUUUAAUGGAAAUUAUGGACCAUCUAUACUUAGGCUUGAUGGUACUACCAGUUGCGGAUGUAUUCCUGCAUAGUCUGCCACUGGCAACACCAACUGGACUUUGGUAAUUGAUUUUUAAAGUGGAAAAUUUGAAACCAAAGCUUCAGCUUCGGUUCCAAGAUACCAGUCGGAACUGAAGCAGAGUUCUGUUUUAAUGUGGUUUUCCUGCACAACUUCUUGAAUAACUAACUUGGGCUCAUCACUGCACAGUAUGAUCCUGUCCAUUCAGUGCUGCCUGACUCUGCAGGGACACAUCCCCAACUGGUAUUACCACCUAGCCUAAGAAUAGAUGGUCCAUCAUUUCCAUUAAAUGUGGAAUGCAAUUAUUUACUAAAACUGACAUGUCAGGAAAGGUGACCGGUCCUCUUUAAUAGAAUUUGGGGGACCUCACAGAUUCCCUUAGUAAUUACAAUAGAAGUCCUAUAACUGCUGUGUAUACAAUUUCCUAAUAUACAAGCUUAGGUUCAGGAAACGUGAACCUACACUUCAAGCUGCUUUGUGGGAAUAUGUACAGAUCGUGUUGUAUGUCGCUCUGUAAGGUAUAAUAUGAUUUUGGUAAAUGCGGUAUUGCAUUUGCUGGUUAGGGGAUAACU